CCACGAGAAGUUAAAUAAAGUUUUAAAAUAUUGUUGUGUACGACGCGGCCUUUUAAUUACGUAUCACAACAAAGUGGCGACGAGGUUCGUAGUAACGCUUUCGCGAAUUGCCAAAAAACUCGCCGGGAAACCGUUUUUGGACAGAUAGUGGUUUGGAGGUUAGGUAUCAUGCCCGACCCGUUCCAGCAUCCGCCAAACACCGGGGAACAGACGAGUUCCAGUCUGUUGCUCCAGAUCCUGUCUCAACAGCAGCAGCUUAUGGCAAAACUGUCCGACCAGGUAUCAGCGACGCAUCGAGCAAUUUCGGAGUUGAACAGAGACGAAAUAGCUCUUGACUCGCUCUCUAGCAACAUCACGGAAUUCACCUAUGACCCGGAACACGGUAACACCUUCGACGCCUGGUUUUCAAGGUACGAGGACCUUUUCGACAAGGACGCCGGGAAGUUGGACGAUUCAGCGAAGGUCAGACUACUCAUGCGAAAAUUGAACCCGGCCGCACAUGAUCGGUUCACGAGCUUCAUCUUACCGCAGCUUUCGAGGGAUCUGAAAUUCAGCGAAGCUAUCGAAAAGCUCACAUCCAUCUUCGGUUCUCCCGUAUCCACAUUCCAUCGCAGGUACCAAUGCCUGCAGACCAUCAAGGAAGACGGCGAAGACUUUGUUUCCUACUCCUGCAAGAUCAUUUCCAGCCACUGAAGAGGAAC